GGAACGUAGCCCAGGAGCCUUAAGGAGGCUCUUACCCGGCUGCUCUAAUCAAUGUAGCAACCGAAAAAUUAUCAUUAAUAAUUGGUUAUAAAAUUAUCGGAAAAUUAAAUAAAAAAAUAAAUAAUGAUUUUUACAUAGUGUAAGAGUAAGUUAUAUGUUCUAUUAGUGUAAAUAUUAAAAUUUAUACAAUAAGUCAGUUGACUACGUCAGUGCUAAAGAGCAGAACAUGCGCGUGUCACAACGUCGUCUGUAGCAGUCUGCAGCUAAGUGAGGUGUAGCCGUGUAGCGUUGUAGCGAAUGAUGCGAUGAAGAGAUGGAGCCAAAAGAAAAAUAUAACGUGAGAAUGCUGAGAGGGAAAAUGAAAGGAAAAUUCGCGAAAAUAAAGGUUGUCAAUGCGCGAGAGAAUAAUUAUGCCGCUACCAUACAGCGCAGAAAAAAGACAUGUGCAAGUGAGGUACAAAACAAUUCUCCGGAAUGUUUGCAUGCAGAGGAUUCAUUAGGGUCUCGACGGAUAGUGAAUUUAAAAGUAUUUGGACAACAACUGUGGUGCCUUAGCUGCAACAUUGCAUUAUCAAUAAAUAAUGCAGUUAGUGAAAAAAAUUUUGGAUUGGCAAGUAUUUUCAAGGUCAAAUGUUCUCAAUGUGGGAGAUUGAGAACAGUAAAUACCGAUGAUAAGUUACCUGGAAAUGAAGGAUUUAUUGUAAAUACAAAAGCAGCAUUCGGAAUGAUUGAUGCUGGAAUUGGGCCAACCCAUUUAAAUACUUAAACCAAGAAUUACCAAUAAUAAGAGAGUAAUUGACAAAAUAUGUGAUAUAUUUACUCUGCAAGAAAGCUGUGAAAAAUAAUAUUUUUCUAAGAAAUUAUGAUAAGUAUAGUUGAUGUGUUUAUGUAUAACUAUAUAUAUUUAUAAAUAAAUAUAUAUAUAUAUAAUAUUUACUUGUUUACUUAAUUAAUAAAAUGAAUAAAAGAUGUUUAAAAAACGCAUUUUACUUAUUUACGUGUAAUACAACAUUUGAAACUUCGCGCGAUUUUGACACUCGGAAGAUCAUUCGUCCUAACCUCUCGUACGUCAUAUUAAAACUACAAUAUCUUUUAUAACUAAUCGUCAACACCAAGUUUUCUUCUUAUCAUUAGAAAGAUUAUUAUUUUAACUACAAUUCCUUAGUUUUUUGUUUACCUGGCUCGCAAACUUGCCAAGAAAAUACAUCACUUCCGGUAAAAAUUUUAGUGUUUACCAUAUGCCCUGUGUUAAAAAUGCGAAUUUCAAUACUGAUAUUUUUACAGUUUUUAUCGUCAACCUAUGCUCAAGUUUUGGGCAUCGGUCCGUUGUGGUUCACUUUACAACAUAUAUUAAUUUCAUAAAGAUCUGUCAUAUUAUGAUCGAGGUAAGAGCCUCCUUAAAGGAAUUAUCU